GAUCAAGCAAAAACUGAAAAUGUUAAAGCGUUCUGGCUGGAGGUUGAUCUGGAAAAAUCUAAGAAAUUGUCAAAUGCGAUUCUGGAGAAGAAGAAAACUGAACUAAAGCAGAAGGACAUGGAUAUAAAACUAACAAGGGCAUGCCGAGUUUGUGGUGGAACAUUCACUGGCAGGGAACGAAGCGCACAAAUUAUUAAAUCAUCAAAGAUUAAAUUUUAUAGAGAGCUUGAACGAUUCUAUAGGUAA